UUCCUUUUAAGGGCAGUGCAUGCGUUUUGGUAGACCGUGUUAAAUGCCCGUACCUGUACAGUAAUUUAACACUCGGCAGCCUGACUAGGCGGGGCUGACAUUCUUUCAGUUUUCGUUGCAUGCCGACCUAGCACUGACUCCUGUUUCGACAGUCAUUUAAUUUUACACACCCAUUUGAAGCCCAAGGCCAAACAGUGCUUGGCGAGGCAAGCGACACCCAACUGAAACUACGCUUGAACACUUGUCAGGUACAAAGGCGCACAUUCGCCAGAAACGCAGCUGUGGUCUAAUUCGUCCUGUCCUGCCAGGGCCUUCAACACCGUUGACUCGUCGCAAUUUUUUUAAGAAGAAGAAUUAUGAUGAUGGUGAUGUACGGGUGAAUGAGCGGUUCCUGCUUGUAGAAGACGGGAUAAUUCACGAAUACGAAUACAAGGUGGUGGCGAGACGUCUCCCAUUCCGCAGCGUCAUCGACGAAAUGUAUGGCCGGCUUUCGUGACGGCCACAAACUAAAAGUUAAGUGGCUCAUGGGGCCCACGCAGUUAAAAUAAAAAGUCAAUAGGCAAGAGCUAAUUUCGCCGUCUUUAUACAACAGCAACAAAAAUCGAAAAAAGUGCCACCGUUUAAAAGGCCCUCACUGCAUCAGCUGCUUCUUAAUUAAACACGCUUGAAUUGUGGAGACAACGCGAUCUGCAGAUGCUACUGUUCAUCAUCAACACACCGUGAUGUAAAGUUAAAACCUUCCUGGUGGUGGCAACCUCCUCCCACCCCACAAGAAGAUGAUUGUGGAAGCCCAGUGAAUGAAUUACGACUACUCCUGUUGUAGCGGUAGCGUAGACACACACACACGUGGAUACACACACACACGACUAACACACAUUGGCGCACACAAACACACAUACACACAAACACAAAACAAAACAGAGACGCACAUACACAGACACACAAACGCACAGAUACACAGACACACACUCAACCGUACAACGACCGUUCGCCGCUAAGUAGCGGCGACGUCAUCACGGCGCUUGUGCCAGGCUAGGUGCACAUACACACUGCCACAGACACACACGUACGUAGAAACAAAGACAAAGAUACAGACACGCACACAUGUAAUCGCACAAAGACGUGCAUACAGACACACAAAGACACAAACGCACCAUACAGACACUAUUACCCACACAUAGAGACACACAUACAAACACACGUACACGCAAGGCUAAGGACACGUACAAUCAAGACGCACACGGACGCACACGGACACUCAAGAGUCCCACCGUCGCCUCGCGGUCCACCCGCGAGACAGAGACAGCGCCUCUGGUCGAAAUGUCGAGGCAGGCAAACAGAGAGCUUCUCAGCAAUGGGCCCGAGAGCAACGUGACUCCGAAGCAGCAGCCCAAUGGACCCACCGCUCCUCACCACGGAAUCCUCAAGACCAAGCCCCGCAGAGACCAUGCCCAGGGUGUGGACGGGAGGCCGCUCGAGACGACGGCUGAUUGCAAGGGCAAGGGGAUUGAGCGACAGGGAGACUUGCAUCCGUCCGACCGCUCCUCGGAACAAGUGAGCGGUUCGAACCGCUUCUCUCAAGAGCCAGACACCUCCAAACACUCCCUGGAACGCAGAGGCACCUACAACAUCUCCUCAGAAGAUGCCGCUCACUCGAACCGCUCCCCGGGGAGGAAGGAUCGCUCCCAAGGCUCCUCGGAAGACCUGGGAACGUCCGACUACAGCGCUGGUGCCCGGACCUCUCGCCGCGCCUCGGGAAAUCGAAUAACGUCCGCACCCUCCUCAGGACGCACGCAUCCCUCCCAACACUCCUCGGAAGAACAUCCGAGAUCCUCCGCCGUCUCCUCGGGGGGUCUCGGCCCCUCCGCCGACGACCCCGCGGGGCAUGGCCACCAGCCCGCAGAGCGCCCCGAGGAGGUUCGGCCUCAAGGCGGCAUCGUCCUGAGACGAGGCUCAGCGGACGGGCCGCCGUCGACGGCGCAAGGCUCCUCCAUCCUGAUACCCUACGUGAACGUGCCCUACAACACGAGGCUGCAGCAGGCGCUGGCCAGGGCGUGCGUCCACGCGCGGGCUGCUCCGUCGCGCAUCAGGUCCAUGCGCGGCUCCCGGUCCCUCGAUCUCCUCGAAGGCGCCGCCGCCGCCGCCGCCGCUCCCGCCGAGGGCGACGGGGACCGGGCGCCGAGGGUGCCCGAGUUCGACCCCGGAGCCAGGUCGUCGGUGAGGCUGCGCAAGUGGGCCAAUCCGGGCCGCGAGAGGCCCACGUCGGAGAUACUCCUCCCGUCGAAGAACAUCCGCUUCGAGAAGCUGGACGGCGUGACGAGACCCAAGAAGUACAACACGAGCACGGGGGAUUUCACGAAGCCGAACGUCACGUCUCUACCCAGGAUGAAUCUGCCCGGGGUGCCCAACUUCACCACCGUCAGCCGGAGGCACACAGGAGACAGCCCCAUUGCCGACCGGGGAUCGCAGCUGGCGGAGCGGGUGCGGCGCGGGGAUGCGGCACAGGAAUUUGGGCAUAUUCCGUGGGGACCCGGGGAGCGAGCGUCGGUGGUGGACUCGGAGAGAAUCCGGCAGCCGGCGUCCUCCACGCCAGCGUCUGCGCCACAGUCUCCCCGGGGAAACGUCACGCGGCGCGCCACCUCCUCUCACGUCCGGGUGCGAGUGAACGGAGAGAUGUGGCACUACAUCGCCACCCAGUGGCCCCAGCCGCACACGGAGAGCGACUUCUGGCACAUGGUGUGGGAGCACGGAGUGAACGUCAUCGCGGCUCUCACGCCGGUUCAGGUCGCCGGGGAGGCGAAGCCGCAGCGCUACUGGCCGCGACUGGGCUCGCGGCAGCGCCCGUGCGUGUACGGGGACCUGGCGGUACACGCCACCUUCAGGGGCACCACGGCGGCGGGCGGCUGCGCAACCACGGGUCUGCGCGUGACGCACGCGCCCUCGGGGAGAGAGCGCAACUUGUGGCACCUCCACCACCCCGAGUGGAGCCGCGGCAGCGAUGCCGGCGACGCCGACGACGGCGGCGACGACGACAACAAUGGAGCGGAGAGGUUUCUGGAGUUCCUGCAGGAGCUACAGUCGGUGCGCAGGUUGACGGGCAGUAUGCUGCCUCCGAGGACGCCCCUGCCGCCCACGCUGGUGCACUGCGCCGGCGGCGACGACGGCCCUACAGGGGUCCUCAUCCUCUCAGAGCUCAUGGUCGCCUGCCUGGAGCAGAACGUGAACGCCGACGUCCCGCAAGUGCUCGGCGCCCUGAGGCAGCAGCGGCCUCACCUGGUGCCCACGCUCGAGCACUACAAGUUCGUGUACCGCGUGCUCGCACGCUACCUCGGCAGGUCGCGGCUCAUCUGACUCGCGUAGACCCGGGGGGAAGACUCGCGGAGACUCGGGGAAGGCUCGCGGAGACCCGGGAAGGACUCGAGCAGACUUGGGAAGACUCGCGGAGACACGGGAAAGACUCGCAGAGACUCGGGAAAGACUCGAGCAGACUUGG